AUGGUGGAAAUUCGACAGACCAUAGAAGACGUCAUCGCCGUCGCCCGGGGUGAGACAACUCGGGGCUGCCUCAGACUGACAGACUACCACAUCAUAUUCACCGCGCCCCCGCUCAAAACCGAGGCCACCGGAAAUGGCGCCAAAGAGCGCCCUCGAGAAUCAUGGGUCGCAUACCCCAUGAUUUCGUUCUGCGAGUUUCGACCAACUCCUCCCAGCUCCGGACGAGAAUCUAGCCUUCGCGUUCGUUGUCGCGACUUCUACUUUGUCAUGUUCCACUUCCCGGACAACAAGUCAGCUCAGGAUGCUUUCAACCUCAUACAGACUCGGUCUUGUCGGCUCGGUAGCAUAGACAAGCUGCAUGCCUUCGACUUUCACGCGCCAAAGACUGAGCGCGUUAUCCACGGUUGGCAAUUGUACGACGCCAAAGCCGAGUUCCGGCGCCAGGGCAUCGGCGGCAAGCUACAGGACAAAGGCUGGAGGGUCUCCGAUCUGAACGCAGACUACACCUUCUCUCCGACAUACCCGUCUGUGCUCGUGGUUCCCAACAAGAUCUCCGAUGCAACCUUGAAGUAUGCUGCCUCCCACCGUACUCGAUCCCGUGUGCCCACCCUGACCUACCUGCAUCCGGUCAACAACUGUUCCAUCACUCGAAGCUCCCAGCCUAGGGUCGGCAUCACCGGAAACCGCAAUCGUCAAGAUGAAGCCCUGGUCGAUGCGUGCUUCGCGAAUCCUUACAUCCAGGAGGCCCCUCCCUCCUUGACCUCGGGCGCCAGCUCCUCGAGCACCCAGCAGGGCUUUUCGGAAAAGUCUGACCAUGACCUCACUGAUCCGGACCAGGCAGAGCCAGAGCUGCUGUCUGCCGGUGAUGCCUUCCACGACGAGAAGGGCAAGAGAAUCAUCUUUGGUGCCCAGCAGCACAACUUGAUCAUUGAUGCUCGACCUGCCAUCAACUCAAUGGCCAUGCAGGUUGUGGGCAAGGGCUCGGAGAACAUGGAAUACUACAAGUUUGCGUCAAAGGCAUAUCUGAACAUCCAGAACAUUCAUGUCAUGAGGAACAGCUUGAAAAAGGUCAUCGGCGCCCUCAAGGAUGGAGACAUCUCGAGCGGACCGCCCAAUCAGGACCUCCUCGCCAAGAGUGACUGGCUGAAGCACAUUACGGGAAUCCUGGAUGGGUCAGCCUUGAUCGCCAGACAGGUUGGCAUCCAACACUCACAUGUUUUGAUCCACUGCUCAGAUGGUUGGGAUCGCACCAGCCAGCUGAGCGCCUUGUCACAGCUCAUGCUCGAUCCAUACUACCGCACAAUUACUGGAUUCAUUGUGCUGAUUGAGAAGGACUGGCUGUCUUUUGGACACAUGUUUCACCAGCGGUCGGGCCAUUUGGGCUGCCCAAAUUGGUUUUGCGUCCAGGAUGACGGAAUGGCUGGUGCUCAGAUAAUGCCUGGUGAGAGCGACGGGCGUGGUGAGGUGCUUGAAAAUGCCAAGAAUUUCUUCAAGAAGCACGCCUGGAGUUCGGACAAGGACAAAGAGGAUUCAGACCCUGACAAUCUGAGUGCUGCCGCUGCUGCCAGCGAGCGGGAAUCAACGCCCGUCAUCGAGGACCAAGCAACCCGAGAAAAGGAGAUCAGCCCCGUCUUUCACCAGUACCUCGACGCUGUGUAUCAGCUCCUUCGACAAUUUCCCGAUCGGUUUGAGUUCAACGAACGCUUCCUUCGUCGUCUCCUCUAUCACCUGCAUUCUUGCCAGUACGGCACAUUCCUGCUGAACAAUGAAAAGCAGAGGAUCGAUGCCAGACUCCAUGAGCGGACAUCAUCUGUGUGGGAUUACUUCCUCAGCCGACGGGAAAUGUUCACGAACCCCAGCUACGAUCCCGUAGUUGAUGAUAAUGUCAGAGGCAAGGAGCGACUGAUAUUCCCACGUCUCAAUGAGAUCCGAUGGUGGCAUCAGCUAUUCAACAGGGCUGACAAAGAGAUGAAUGGCGCUCUGGAUGCCGCGGCGGCCACCACCGACAGGGUUGCAAAGGCAGUUCGAUCCGCCACAGCCAGCCCUCGGCCCGGUCAGAGCACUGCCAACAGCAUUCCUGGAAGCCCCAAAGCGCCCGACAGCCCUCGGCCAAGCAUCUCGGCUGCGGAGACAUUUGGUGAUACUGUGCUCGCCGGCGUGGAAGUCCCUCGGCCACAAAAUGUGCCAAACAGUGGCGGCGUGUUGAGCAAUCUCACCAAGAGUAUCUCCGGCAUCGACAUCAGCGGCUCUGGUGGAAUGGGAGGUAAAGGCACUGCAGCUGGUGGCACCGCUGUCCCAUUCGAUGAGCAGGAGAUGGCAGAGAUGGGUUUGACCGAGAAUGUAGCGCAUGAGCCAGUCAAUUACCUAGACGACGCCUUCGAGCCAUCCACGCAGCCAUCCAUGUUAGACGGCGCAAACGACAACGAUGCGGACUUCUUGUCGGAAGUUGAUGCUGAGGUCAUUGAGCACGAUGAAGCACAUAGGGUGUUCAGAUCGCCAAGACCAUCGGUCACUCUGUCAGAGCUGCAAGCGCGGGAAGUCCAAGAAAACCUGAGUCUUGUUGCCAGAGAACAGGCUACCGAAGAUGAAUCGGCCGGGAGGGGUGGCGUAUUUGGAGGAAAUCCGUGGGGUGACUUGUUCCUAGCACAGGAAGUCGACGCAGGAGCGGACGAAUCUGUCUUUGACCAAUCCAAAGCUCUAGAGGCAGAGGCAGAGGUCCACAACGUAUGGGAGGAAGCUGCCGCGGAGAGGGACGAUGAAGUCAACUCGGAGGGUGGAAGUGCCUUCGAUGAUUUGGAGGCAGAGCCUGUCCUGAUUGAACUGGAAGAUGCUGAGGAAGCAUCCAGCGACAAUGAGUGA